AUGGCUUUCAGUUCUCGUCUCUUAUCCAGAUCCAAACAGUUGUAUGGAAGUCAAGCCAUUUUGAAUAAACAGCAUACUUUUCUAGUUCGUUAUUAUGCAAAAGAGCCGGCUUCCACAGCUCCCACAGGGCUUAAGGGAGAUGAGAUGUUGAAGGACAUCUUUCGGGAAAUCAAGCAGAAAUUUGAGAUAGCCAUUGGGGUACUUCAGAAGGAAAAGAUCACCAUUGAUCCUGAGGAUCCAGCUGCUGUGUCCCGUUAUGCAAAUGUCAUGAAGACAGUUAGAGAGAAGGCUGACUUGUUUUCGGAAUCACAAAGGAUCAAGUUUACUAUCGAAGAAGAAACGCGAGAGAUUCAAGAUGCUCGAACGAGAGGUCUACCUGAUGGGCUUGGUGCAGAGGCUAUGAUGAUGGAUGCAUUGGAAAAGGUUGAAAAGGAACUUAAGAAACCUCUGAUGAGGAAUGAUAAGAAAGGAAUGGCUGUUCUUAUGGCAGAAUUUGAUAAGAUUAAUAAGAAGCUUGGAAUUCGGAGGGAAGAUCUACCAAAAUAUGAAGAGGAGUUGGAACUUAAACUUGCCAAAGCACAAUUGGAGGAGCUGAAGAAGGAUGCUGUUGAGGCCAUGGAAACACAAAGGAAGAGACAUGCUGGCUUCCUACACUUGGCCUCAGUCAGUUUGUAUAGAGAUGGGAUGUAUGUGGGUUUAGCUUGCUUUGUGGAGGAAUUUAAGGAAGAGAAAGAGGUUGAUUUUGAUGAAUUGGGAACGAAGUUGCGCCUUGAAGUUAAAACUCUGCUUCAAUCCCUCCAUACAUUUGAAGAUCCGGUACCCAGUGCAUGGAAGAGAGGUUUUGAGACGGAGAAUUCAUUCUCAGGUUUCACCACCGUCAUCGGCCUCUGCCGCCAAAGCUUCUGUAUUCGCUCUGGUACUAAACCAGAAGAGAAAAUAACAGUGAUGAUGAUGAUGAAGAAUCUAAAGUCCAUGUCUUUUGAACUGCAAAAAUCAAGGUACGUUUGUUCUUCUAAACUCCCAUUUCUUUCUCUCCAAACCAAUUCUCAAAACCACAACAACGACGACAUGCAAGUAGAUGUCGUUUAUAACAUCGUAAGUCACUCAACUUCCUCUCAAAACCUCAAACAAUCCUUAAAAUCUAAUGGGGUUUUUCUCUCUAAUGAGUUAAUAGACAAAGUGCUUAAAAGGGUCAGGUUUAGCCAUGGAAACCCUUUACAAGCGCUUGACUUCUUUAAUUUUACUGCUGCUAGAAGGGGGUUUUAUCACUCUUCUUAUUCUUUAGAUACUAUGCUUUAUAUAUUGGGUAGGAGUCGUAAAUUUGAUCAUAUUUGGGAUGUUUUGAUUGAUAUCAAAAGGAAAGACAGGGACUUGAUAACUCCGAGGACUUUACAAGUUGUUUUAGGUAGAGUUGCUAAGGUUUGUUCAGUUAGAAUGACUGUGGAGUCUUUUUGGAAGUUCAAGAGAUUGGUUCCGGUGUUUGAUACUAGUUGUUUUAAUGCUUUGUUGAGGACUUUGUGUCAAGAGAAGAGUAUGAGUGAUGCACGGAAUGUUUAUCAUCGAUUGAAGAAGGGUUUCAGGCCCAAUUUGCAAACUUUUAACAUACUUUUGUCAGGGUGGAAGUCUUCAGAGGAAGCGGAGUUGUUUUUCGAUGAGAUGAGGGAAUUGGGUGUUAAGCCAGAUGUUGUUUCAUAUAAUUCGUUGAUUGAUGUGUAUUGUAAGGGUAGAGAAGUGGAGAAGGCAUAUAGGGUAGUUGAGAAGAUGGAGGAGGAGGGUAUAUUGCCAGAUGUGAUAACAUAUACUAGUAUUAUUGGCGGGUUGGGGUUGGUUGGUCAGCCUGAUAAAGCAAAAGAUAUGUUGAAGGAGAUGGAGGAGUUUGGAUGUUAUCCAGAUGUUGCAGCAUACAAUGCUGCGAUUAGGAAUUAUUGUAUUGCAAAGAGGCUAGAUGAUGCUUACAGUUUGAUGGAUGAGAUGGUGGGUAAGGGCAUGAGUCCAAAUGCAACUAGUUACAAUUUGUUCUUUCGAGUUUUUUCUAGCUCAAAUGACUUGCGUAACUCUUGGGAUUUAUAUGGGAGGAUGAUGGAUGCUGAGUGCCUGCCGAAUACUCAGUCUUGUAUGUUUCUCAUCAGGCUGUUUAAGAGGCAUGAAAAGGUGGAGAUGGCACUUCAACUUUGGAAUGACAUGGUAGAGAAAGGUUUUGGAUCAUAUAUUUUGGUAUCUGACGUGUUGUUUGAUUUACUUUGUGAUAUGGGCAAAUUGGUGGAAGCAGAGAAGUGUUUUUUGCAGAUGGUAGAGAAACGGCAUAAGCCAAGCAAUGCUUCUUUCAGGAGGAUUAAGGUGCUCAUGGAAUUGGCAAACAAGCAUGAUGCCAUUCAGAAUUUGUCAGAGAAGAUGGCUAUUUUUGGGUCUUCAAUUCGAGCUCCUGAAAGCAUAGAUGAGAGAGAAUGUUUAGACCCACUUCCUAGUUUGUGA